AUGAUGAAGGCGUGGGCGGUCACCAAGUACGGCGAUGCCUCGGCGCUCUUGGCAGCGAUGGACGUGGAGAAGCCGCAGCCAGGGGCCGGUGAGGUCCUGGUCAAGAACAUGGCCAUCGCAACCAACCCCAUCGACUACAAGGUGAUCGCCGGCGCCCUGGCACCAGGCAAGGAGGCGCCCCCCCAGCGCCUCAUCGUGGGCUGGGACAGUGCGGGGGUGGUCGAGGCUGUCGGGGAGGGGGUGACAGGCUUCCAGGCCGGUGACAAGGUCUGGUUCGCAGGUGACAUCACCAAGGACGGAUGCUACUCGCAGUACACCAAGAUCGACUCGCGGAUCAUCAGUAAGAUGCCCAGUACGCUCUCCUUCGAGGAUGCUGCUGCCUUGCCGCUGACCUUCCAGACAGCGUGGGAGGGCAUGGUGGAGCUGAUGGGGGUCCAGAAGGGCAAGUCGAUCUUCGUCUUGAAUGGCGCUGGCGGGCUCGGGUCGAUCGUCAUCCAGGUCGCCAAGCACCUCGGGCUCACAGUGAUUGCCUCCGCGUCGCGCGCGGAGACCAUCGAGUUUUGCAAGCAGAUGGGCGCGGACCACGUGGUCAACCACCGCAACGAGGACCUCGGCGCUGAGCUCAAGCAGGUCGGCUUCGACUGCGUGGACUAUGUCUACAACGCCCACGAGAACGAUCGCCUCGGGGAGCUCUUCAAGCUGCUGGUGUGCGACGGGAGGCUUGUGGUCACCUACGGCCCUACGCAAGAGCAGAUGGCGAAGGUGGACUGGACCACGGUGUGGCUGAAGAGGCAGACGCUGUGCUUCCAGAUGAUGUUCGCGCGGUCCAUGUUCAACACCGAGCCCGCGAUGGUGGGUGGCGUGAUGGCAACCAUGGCAAAGCUCGUGGACCAGGGCAGCAUCAAGACGACCGUCACGAAGAAGUACGGGGGCAUGGAGGAGAUCAAUGAUGCCACCAAGCUUCAGAUGUCUGGCAAAGCCAUCGGCAAGAUCUGCGACGGCCCCCUCCGCGCCAUGGGCGAGGUGCAGCGGGCCAGCGCGUUCGCCUGGGGCGCGUGGUGGCUCCGGGGCCUCCCAGGAGCAGGCACGCAGCCCAGCCCGUGGCCGCCCGCCGACGGAGGUGCCGCCCUGCCAGGCCCGGCGCCGCGGUGGCUCGGCGGCAGCGCCUGCGCCCUGGCGUUGCGGGGCGUCCCCGCGGCGCUCCGAGGCGAGCAGAGCGGCGGCGGCCAGCGGCCGCCCGCGCAGCUGCCCAGCGUGCCGCGCCCGAUCAGGGGGCGGGCGGCUUCCCGUCACCUACGUGCGCUGCACGUUCGCGUCGCCGGUGCAGCCCGACGGGGCCUGCGCGGUCGUGGACUGAGCAGGCACUGGUGGACACGGGCUCCGCCGACUGCGAGCUGCGCGAGGCGCUCUUCCGAUCCCUGGGCCCGCUGCCGGAGAGCUGGGCGCGGGGCAAGUUGUACGAGACCGUGGCGGGGCAGGGUGUCGCACGACUCGUUUGAGGUUCUCCUGACCAUUGGCGGGCGCACGUGCGCGGCAGUGGUCACGAUGGCCGCGGAGGAGCCACAGGGGCUGGAGACG